AAAGCGAGCCUGAAGUGUCCAGCAGAGAAGUGAUUGAACCAACAGAGAUUGGAAUAUGCAUCGACAUAAGCUAAAUAUACAAAGUGACAUGAACAUGAAUGAAAUUAAUGAGAAUGAACAAAUUCUACGAGAAAUGAUGGAUUUGACAUCAAUAAAUAUGCCACACAUGAAGCUGAAAGAACACUACCGGAUCAUCAGGGAAUUGGGGAAUGGGUCAUAUGGACAUGUAUUACUAGCUGAGCAUAAAGCCACAGGAAAAUCAAUGGCACUAAAGUUAAUCAAGAAAACAUCAACAAGGAAAGACAGUUUUCUCAUGGAAUAUUGUGUAUCAUUAUGCCUUUCGUCACAUUUAAAUAUAAUUAAAACAUAUGCUGUGAUCUUUGAAACCAACAAAUAUUUUACAUUUGCUCAAGAGCUGGCAGCGGGGGAUCUCUAUUCUAUCCUUGAGCCUGAAGUUGGACUACCCGAUUCAAUAGUAAAACGUUGUACAAUACAGUUGGCUGAAGCCCUCAACUUUAUGCAUAGUAAAGCACUGGUCCAUCGUGAUGUAAAAUUGGACAACAUCCUUAUAUUUGACAAAGAAUGUCACAUCAUAAAACUAGCAGACUUUGGGCUUACAAGACUUGAAGGAUUUUUAAUUUCUCCGAUGUCCGGAACACUCCCAUAUUCUUCUCCAGAACUUUGCAGUUUAGAAGAUUCUGAAACUCUUGCACUAGAUUCAAGUCUCGAUGUAUGGGCCUUUGGUAUUCUACUGUUCUGCAUUUCCACUGGUUACUUUCCAUGGGAUACAGCAUCAAGAAAAGACAAACAGUAUGACCGGUUUGCUCUAUGGCAGAGCAAUACAGAUUUUAUUGAGAUUCCAACUUCUUGGAAACAAUUUACACACCAGGCUUUGGACAUGCUACAGAAACUGCUAAGCAUCAAUCCAGAUAAACGAUGCCCAGCCAUUGAGGUUCUGAAAUAUCUUAAUGUGCCAUGGAAAAUAAGCACCAUUACAAAAAAUACAAGCAAUGUCUACAACUCAAAAUUAUUUGAUUUGAGUGUUGAUAAAACACACACUUUGCUCAAUAAAGUCAACAAUGCAUGCAAGUCAAAAGAAAAGUCUGAGUGCUUAGAACAAUAUUCUUUACAUUUUUCAACAGCAGGAAGGAAAUGAACAGAUUGCAAAUAUAGUGUUUAUAAUGUUUAUGAUGUAGUAGAUGAAAUAAAUUAAACUUUUCUUGGAGAUAAAAAGGUAACCUAUUACUUUAUAGUUGUGCCUCUUAUCUGAAUUUACAUAGAUAUGGUGUGAAAUUCCAGGAAGCAUUAAGUUCAUAAUUAGAUCUCUUGUCUCUUAGAUGCAUAUUUUUCACAUAUUAAACUAGGAAAAAACCUAAAUGUAUAUUUUUACUUUUAAUUGUAUGGUGGUGCAUUCAUAGAAUGGCAAAAUGUAGCAUUUUUUUUCAAAGAACCAAAUAGGAAAAACUGAUUUGGCACAUAAGUAAAAUUUUGUGAAAACGA